AUGGAUAAAUCUUUAAUUCGUCAAAAGACCAUUUCCGGGUGUCGUUUUCCUCAGUUAUCAUUGAAUAAUAAGGGUUUAGAUUUUACUAUUUCAAAAGCUCUUCAACCAAUAUGUCGAUCAUGGUUUUAUCCAAUUGAGAUAGAUAAUUAUAAGAUACGACUUAUUCUACCAUAUCUUAAUUGUACUGCUAUUUUUUAUAUCGGUGAAGGUGAUAAAGAAUAUGAAAAAGUUCCAAUAAAAUUAUUGUACAAUGUGAAUAUUUUACUUUUAAGUGACUAUUUUACUGUGCAAUGUGAAGAUAAGACAAAAAACAAAGUGUAUCCUAAUUUACCUUAUGCAUCUAUACAUUAUAGUCCAAAUAUUCGAAAAAGACUUGAAAAUAUAAAAAUAACUGAAGAUGAUUUUAAUGUAUUGAUCUUAGGUCUUGAUAGUGUAUCCAGAUUACAAUUUGAACGAAUGUUACCACAAACAUUUGAUUAUGUAACUAAAGAAUUGGACGGUAUUGUUCUUAAAGGUUACAAUAUACUGGGUGAUGGUACACCACAACAAUUAAUUCCGAUGUUAACAGGUUUCAAAGAAACUGAAUUACCUUCAACACUUUAUCGUGAUCCUAAUGGUUCAUUUGUUGAUAUAUAUCCAUUUAUUUGGAAUAAAUAUCAUCAACAAGGUUAUGUAACAGGUUAUGCUGAAGAUCGUGUUGAAUAUGGUACAUGGACAUUACGUUUAAAAGGUUUUGAAAAUACACCAACAGAUCAUUAUUUAUUACCAUUUUAUCGAAUGAAAUCAACAAAAUCAUUAUUAUAUAGACAUGAUGCACAUUGUAUACGUAAUCAAACAUCAUUUGACGUAUUUCUUUCAUAUAUUGAACAAUUUUGGUUAUCAUAUUCUGAGAAUAAGAAAUUUUUUUUUGGGUUUUUCAAACAAUAUACACAUGAUGGUUAUACAGCUGGUUCAACGCUUGAUUUAUCAUUAUUAAAAUUUUUAAAAAACUUUAACCAAACAGAUGAUUAUAGAAAAACUAUAAUUAUUCUUAUGACUGAUCAUGGUGCACGUUUUUCAAUUGCUCGACAAACACCACAAGGUAAACUUGAAGAACGUUUACCAUUUAUGAGUUUUAUUUUUCCAAAAUUAUUUCAAAAAAAAUAUUCAAAAAAAAUAAAAAUUUUACAGAAAAAUAUUGAUCGUUUAACAACACCAUUUGAUAUUCAUUCAACUUUAUUAUCAUUAAUUAAUAUGAAUCAAAUAGAUUAUACAGUUAAGAAUUAUACAAAACAACGUAAUAUAUCUUUAUUUCAUUUAAUACCAGCACAACGAACUUGUGAUGAUCUUAAUCUCGAACCACAUUGGUGUUCAUGUUUACAAUGGACAAAUCUUAAUAUAAAUGAUACAAAAGUUAAACAAGCAACAAAUCAUAUAAUUAAUUAUAUAAAUAAACAAUUAUUAUUAGUUAAGAAUAAUUUAUGUUACCAACUUGAACUCUAUUCAAUUCAUAAUGUACAAAUCUAUCAACCUAAUCAAGCUUUAUUAACAUUUUCAAGUUCUUCUGAUAUUGAUGGUAGAAUACCAAAAUAUAAUGAUAAAAAUACUUAUAUAACAUUUUAUCAAAUAACAUUUGAAACACAACCAAAUAAAGCAAUAUAUGAAGCAACAACACAAUAUUCAAAUAGAUCAAAUAAUUUUAAUACAGAUCUUAAUCAUAUUAGUCGUCUUAAUUCAUAUAAAUCAUCAGCAUCAUGUAUUGAAAAAAGUUAUUCACAUUUAAGAAAAUUUUGUCAUUGUAUUGAAUAA